AUGGAUAUUUUCACUGCGAUUGCCCAAGGGCGUGUCAGACAAAUAGGACACAUUUUGCAAGACAAUGAAAACAGUUUAUCUAUCACAACCCAUGAUGGAAAAACUGCGCUUAUAUAUGCCGUUUGUGAAGCCAAAGAUGAAAUAAGGACGCAUCUAGUGCGCAUGCUCCUUAAACAAGGAAGUGAGAUAAACGCGACGGACGAAAAUGGGCGAACCGCGUUGAUGUACGCGUCAAUGGACAACGACAAACUAGAUCUAGUACGUGUAUUGGCUAGAUGUAAGGGUUGUGAUCCAAAUAUUAAAGACAAUGAAGGAAAUACGGCGAUAAUGCACGCAAUCAUGUGCGCAAAUGCGGCGGCAAUAAAAGUUCUUGUGAACUCGUCUGUCACUAAGUCAACGAUAAAUCUCGAAUUAGCAAACGGACAAGGGCUUACGUCAUUGGAACUGAGUGUCAAAUUACAAAUGCCAGAAUGUUGUAAGGUUCUUGUCUGUGAGGGUGGUGCAAAUACGAAGCACGUAAACAACCAAGUGGGGCUUAUGCGACUUCUUGAGGAUGAAAACUUGUUUCAAAGAAAUAAUACCCCGCAUUCUAGACACCCUUCAAGGAAUGCAUUUGUAAACAGGAAAUUAGAUUCUCCAAUUCUUGAAAAUAAACAGUUCGAAGGGUCAUACAUGUCACGUGACACGACACCAAAUUAUGUUGACGAUUUUCUAGGAAGAGGAACACCACACAACGGACUCUCGCGCUCAAAUAGUCUCCACAGAAGCAAUAGUAACUUGUACAAGCGACGUCCAGAAGCCGGAAGUCGACCUUCCAGUCUGUCGUUCGCGAAAGAUGUACUUGGGAUAUUAAACUCACAGAAAAACUUAAAGCGAGUGUUGACACCAAUUUCCGGAAGAAACGGAACACCGGUUACGACAAAGGCCGAGAUUUCCGAAGAUCAGUCUAUCGGAAAUAGAACCAGACUUCCCAGUAUUCCAAGCGGCCGGAAGUUAUUCCUAGUGUCAUCCAAAAACAAUUUUAAUGGUUAUGGUAAUUCGGAAACGUAG